AUGAGAAAAAAUCAAAAAUUAAUUGAUCAAGCAAAUAAACUUUCUUCUUCUGAUCUAUAUGAUUUUCUUCGUGAUUUCAAUCUUAAUAAACUAAAUAAUUAUCAAGUUGAAAUUUUUCAUGCUACACAAUUAACAAAUGAAUAUCAAAAACAAAUUAUAGAGUUAUUUGAAAUAAAUAUGAAACAGUUAUAUGAACAAUCGGCAUUUGGUUAUAAUUAUGAUGAAAAACGAGAUGAAUUAUUUUCUAAUCAAUCACGUUAUUUAAUUAUUUCAUUGGCAAAUUCUGUAUUAGCUUUUGCACAUUUCCGUUUUGAUAUGGAUUUUGGUAAACGUGUUUUAUAUUUAUAUGAAUUACAAGUAAAUAUGAAAUAUCAAGGACAAGGUUUUGGACAAUCAAUGAUUGAACAAUUAAAAAUACUUUGUCAAAAAACACAAAUGUCAAAAAUUGUAUUAACAGUUCAUAAAGUUAAUACAAAAGCAUAUGAUUUUUAUAUGAAAAAGUGUCAAUUUGAAAGUGAUAUUACAGAUCCGAGUGAUGAAGAUGUUGAUUUUAUUAUUCUUUCUUUUACUGUAUGA